GCUAACACAAGUUUCGUCAAAAUUCAAAAAGGUAUAGAACUCUAGAAAAUACUUAAUAAAUAUUUCAAACUAUCCCUUUUAUAAUCCUCUCAAACAAAUCUCCCAAUUAUCUCUUCUCUCUCUCUUGCAUUCUGUUCUUUAAUAAUUCACCCGGCCCUUUAGGUAUGGGAUUCAAAUCUCUGUUCAAUCGCAAGAAGAAGAGCUUCCCCAACUCGAAAACCCCAUCGCCGGUAAGCUCUCCGCCCAAAAUCGAAGAGGAGCUAGAGCAGGUGUUCAAUAAGUUCGACAUUAACGGCGACGGAAAAAUCUCAUCGUCGGAACUGGGUUGCAUCAUGGCCAGCCUAGGAAACGCCGUAACGGAAGAAGAAUCGGUAAACAUGAUUAAGGAAGUUGACGCCGACGGAGAUGGUUUCAUCGAUUUGCAAGAAUUCAUCGAACUCAACACCAAGAAUAUCGAUUCGAAUGACAUUUUGGAGAAUCUUAAGGAAGCUUUCUCUGUGUUUGAUGUGGACAAGAAUGGAUCCAUCUCUGCUGAUGAGUUGCAGAACGUGAUGAAGAGUUUAGGGGAAGAAUGUUCGCUGGAAGAGUGCCGGAAAAUGAUCGGUGGCGUUGAUUGUGACGGCGACGGGAUGAUUGAUUUUGAAGAAUUUAAGGUUAUGAUGGUUAGGGGCUCGAAGUCUGAUCCAAUGGAGUCUCGUUGUUAAACAUUCAUUUUUGGGGUUCGAAUUCUUUAUUGGAAAGGAAAAGGAAAGAGUUGUAGAGAUUUACUUUUAUUUUGAUUUGCUUUGUUAGAAACUACUGUGUUAUCGGCUUAAACCAAAUACGGAUUAAUGAAAAAUUGAUAAUUAUUCGGUUAUGUAUCACGACUAAAUUUAA